AUGAAUGAAGGCUGGAUGGUGCAUUACACCAGUAAAGAUACCUUGAGAAAGAGGCAUUAUUGGAGACUGGACAGCAAGUGUAUAACCCUAUUUCAGAAUGAUACUGGAAGCAAAUACUACAAGGAAAUCCCCCUUUCUGAGAUACUCUGCCUGGAGCCUGCUAAAAAUCUUUCUUUGCUUCCCCCUGGUGCAAAUCCUCAUUGCUUUGAAAUUACGACUGCUAAUAUUGUAUAUUAUGUGGGGGAAAGCCUUCCUGCACAGACAGCACCUGAGACAGGAAAUAAUAGUGUGGUGAACAGCGGUGUGGGAAUGGAAGUGGCUAGAAUGUGGGAAAUCGCCAUACAGCAUGCACUGAUGCCAGUCAAUCCUAAGGGAGCAAAUGGAGGAAGUAGCCAACACCGUCGGAAGCAUGGUGACGUCAGUACCAGCGUGGACGGAAGCCGUCAUCUUGCUACGCCCUUGCAAGAUAUUAGCUCUGUAUAUCAGAUUUUUCCAGAUGAGGUUCUUGGAUCAGGACAGUUUGGUAUUGUAUAUGGAGGAAAGCAUCGGAAGACAGGUCGAGAUGUGGCUAUAAAAAUAAUAGAUAAACUGCGUUUUCCUACUAAGCAGGAAAGCCAGCUAAGGAAUGAAGUUGCCAUUUUACAGAACCUGCAUCACCGUGGGGUUGUAAACCUGGAGUGUAUGUUUGAGACUCCAGAAAGAGUUUUUGUAGUAAUGGAAAAGUUGCAUGGUGAUAUGCUUGAGAUGAUCCUAUCUAGUGAAAAGGGAAGGUUACCUGAGCGUAUCACCAAAUUCCUGGUUACACAGAUCUUGGUAGCACUGCGACACCUUCACUUCAAAAAUAUUGUCCACUGUGACCUGAAACCGGAAAAUGUGCUGCUUGCUUCAGCAGAUCCCUUUCCUCAGGUUAAGCUGUGUGAUUUUGGCUUUGCACGUAUCAUUGGAGAGAAGUCCUUCCGACGCUCAGUGGUUGGGACUCCAGCUUAUUUGGCCCCAGAAGUUCUGAGAAACCGAGGCUACAACAGAUCUCUGGAUAUGUGGUCUGUGGGGGUAAUCAUUUAUGUCAGCUUGAGUGGAACGUUCCCCUUUAAUGAGGAUGAAGAUAUUCAUGACCAGAUUCAGAAUGCAGCCUUCAUGUACCCCCCAAAUCCCUGGAGAGAGACCUCUUCUGAUGCCAUUGACCUCAUUAAUAACCUGCUGCAAGUAAAGAUGAGGAAACGCUACAGUGUGGACAAAACCCUCAACCAUACCUGGUUACAGGAUUACCAGACAUGGCUGGAUCUGCGUGAACUGGAGUGCAAGAUAGGGGAGCGCUACAUCACCCAUGAAAGUGAUGACCCCCGCUGGGAGGCAUAUGCUGCAGAGCACUGUAUCCAGUACCCUCCCCACCUCCUUCCUCAACCAUCCAUUGAACCUGAGGAUGCAGAGAUGAGAGCUUUGGGGGAGAGAGUCAGCAUUCUCUGA